AUGUCACCUCAAUCAGCCUUUUUAUUUAUCGGCAUCCUGGUCGUUGUUUUGGUAAACAGCGCACAAGGAAUAUUUGAUGGAAAAAAAGAAAAGAUCCACAUCUAUAAACAAGUUCCACAUCCAGUCCAUGUUGUGAAAAAAUAUCCAGUGAAAUAUCCAGUCUAUAUUCCAGUCAAAUCGAAACCAAUUUACAAAAAAGUUGAAGUUCCAGUCAAAGUUCCUUACAAGGUUCCAAUCAAAGUACCAAUCAAGGUUCCAUAUCCAGUCAAAAUUCCUGUUCCAUAUCCAGUCAAAGUACCAGUUUAUGUCAAGAAAUACGAUAGCUAUGGUGGAGGUUAUGGCGGUGGUCACGAAACUUAUGGUGGCGGUUACGGUGGUCAUGGAGACGGUUAUGUUACUGGUAAAUUGAUGAGCCAUUCCGGUGGAUAUGGUGGCCAUUAUGAAGGCGGUUACGGUGGUGGUUACGAUAGCGGAUACGGUGGUGGUCACGAUAGCGGAUACGGUGGUGGUUACGAUAGCGGAUACGGUGGUGGUUACGAUAGCGGAUACGGUGGUGGUCACGAUAGCGGAUACGGUGGUGGUCACGAUAGCGGAUACGGUGGUGGUUACGAUAGCGGAUACGGUGGUGGUCUUGAUGGCCAUGGCAUUGAUGCUAAAUAUGGUGCUAUCAGCACCUAUUACGGUGAUGAUCAUGGCUAUGGUUCUUAUGGUGGAGGCCAUGAUAUGGGUUACGGAAGUGGUGGUCACGAUAGCGGAUAUGGUGGUGGUCACGAAUCUGGUGGUUAUGGCGGUGGCUAUGAAGCCGGUGGACAUGGUGGUGAUAUGUAUGAAGGUGGAUACAAAAAGAAAUAG